AUGCCCUGCAAGCGUCUGCAUAGGACUAUGUGGCCAUAUCUAUCAGCUGGACAACUGAACAUCCGCCUCCUGGAGAGUACCAUGCGUAAAUUCGUCAAGCGACCGCACUGCUCCUCGUUAUCUCGCUCGGGCUCGACGGAUAGGCCGGUUGGGCAGACAGCCCGAGAGUACUUCGACGCCCGCCGAUCGCUCAAACCUCCCCCUUUGACCACCAUGAAGUUGACCACCUUCAUCGCCACCAUCCUCCUCGCUGCCCUCAGCGUCAACGCUGCUCCGGCUCCUGAUGCGUCCAACCAGGAUCUCGCUGCACGGGCCUGCACCUGCAAGCCGAUCGGGAACGGCGAAUACCUUUGUAUCGGCUCGAGCUGCCCUUGA